UUGAUGAUUUAAAAAAAUCCACACCAAAUCAAAACGCUAAACUUUCACGGGGAGACAAUAUUUCCGAUAGCACCCGAACGCAGCAUUAAAGCAACACUGAGUGCCAAACUGGAUUCAGUUCAUAUUGAUCCAGAGCAACAGACGGAGAGCGAGGGACGACAAUGUUUGAAAAUGUUCCAGCAGUGUCCUCAGUGGAGCGUCAGAAGGUACUCGGAGCUCUGGAGCGUCAGCAGGUACUGGGAGCUCUGGAGCGUCUGCAGGCCAAACUGGUCCAGAGGGAGGAGUUGACCCACAGUGAAACCAUGGGUAACCUGAGGGAGACCCUGCAGAGUCCGCUCUUCAACCACAUCCUGACGCUGCAGCACUCCAUCAAACAGCUCCGGAACCAGCUGAGCAGUAUGCCACCUGAAGCCUGCAGUGAGUUCAGUUUCUCCAAAAAGGGUCAGCUGAUCAUGAGCGCGGUUGAUCCAGCCAGCAGCUCGGCCUCGCCUGCCCUGUCCGCCGCCUCCUCCCUCCUGACCACUGGUUCCUCUCCGUCCAUCCAUCAGACUCCGCCCUCGUCUGACCUCCUCCUGCAGAAUUGGAUCUUUUCCUCCGCCAAGGGCCGUCACACAGAGCUGUGUCAGCUGACUCGGCCUCUGUCUGGAGGUCUGGGCUUCAGCGUGGUUGGUCUGAAUCCUGCAGGAAGCAGCAGUCAGGGCGUCUUCGUCAAACACAUCCAGCCUGGAGGCAUCGCACACAGGGACGGGCGUCUCCAGGAGAGGGACCAGAUCCUGGUGAUAAACGGCAGUCCUCUGGAGCCGGGGAUCAGCCAGCAGCAGGCCCUCACCCUCCUGCAGCAGCCGGGUGAGACGGUGGAGCUGGUGGUGGCCAGGGACCGCCCACUCAACGCAUCAUCUUCACCCGCCGCAGCCAUCAACACGGAUCAGUGGGGUCACGUGGAGGAAAUCGAGCUGGUGAACGAUGGAUCUGGUUUGGGUUUCGGCAUCGUGGGAGGGAGGACGAACGGCGUGGUGGUUAGGACACUCCUCCCCAACAGCGUGGCUGACAAGGACGGGCGUCUCCGCACAGGUGACCACAUCCUUCGCAUCGGGGCGACGCCCACCAGCGGCCUCACCAGCGACCAGGUCGUCAAGGUGCUGCAGGGAUGUGGGAGUCGUGUGACAUUGCUGAUCUCCAGGGAUCCCCCGGGUCAGAGGUCAUCAGCCCCGCCUCCACCACCACCUCCUAACUCGGCCCCUGUCUCCUCCUUACCCCCACGCCCCCCGGGCCAACCCCCCCAACGCCGGCUAAGCAAGACGCCCAACCUGGAGGGAUAUGAAAUUCACGAGGUUCCUCUAACCAAGAAUGACGGCCAGAGCCUCGGCAUCUCUAUCAUCGGCUACAACACCCUGACCAGCCAAGAUGCAGUAGGUGUGUUUGUGAAACAUGUAGUUCCAGGCAGCGCUGCCGAUCACAGCGGAAACAUCAAAGUCCAUGACCGACUGCUCGCUUUAGACGGCGUCAGUCUCCAUGGAAUGACCAAUCACGAAGUUCUGGAGGUGAUGAAGAAGACGGGUCAGACUGUCGUUCUCAGUGUGGUCAGGAAGAAACCUAGAACCCUGGAGAGAUCUCUGGAUAAAGUUGAGAGGGAGUCGUCUCGUUUGUCAUCGAGGAGAUCGAUGGAGGUCAACGCUCGCUCGUCUGGGUUUGGCUUUACAGCGCCAAAUCAAGAACCAACGUAUCCAUACACAACACAGCUAACAAGUGAUGCAGAUGCAGAUGCAGAACUGUGGGCUAAAUGGGAGCAGGCUCUGGGACCAAAGUACCAAGUUCUGGUGGUUAAGUUGGAUCCUGUCAUUGAAGAUGAUGCAGAGCUACAAAAAUCCUCUAAGCUGCUGCCCGUCCACACUCUGCGUCUUGGUGUGGAGCUUGACUCGUUCGAUGGUCACCACUACAUCUCCUCUGUGGUCCCUGGAGGCCCCGUGGAGAAACAUGGAGUCUUGAGACCAGAGGACGAGCUUCUGGAGGUGAAUGAUGUUCAGCUGUAUGGUAAAUCCCGUCGGGAAGUGGUGUCGUUCCUCAAAGAAGUGCCUCCCCCGUUCACUCUGGUCUGCUGCCGACACCCGACCUCUGACCUGGAACCAGAAUCUGAAUCUGAAUCUGAACAAGGAUCUGAACCAGUACUACGCCCUGAACCUGCACCUGGACCAGAAAGGCAGGCACAACCCAGUGUGGAGGAGAUCGAGCUGAAGCUGUCGUCGAUGCUCUGCACUCAGACAGAACUGAGAGAGAGUGCCAUUGAACAGCAGCAAGCAGUUAGACAGGUAUCCCCUAUAGAGGUGGAGCUGAUUGAGACUCAACACAGCCAGGAAGAGGAGGAGGAGCAGGAUGAAGAUGAAGAUGAAGGAGAGCUGGCUCAGUGGUCUCCAGACGUGCAGGUGUUGGAGUUGCAGAAGGAGAGAGACAAAGGCCUCGGCUUCAGCAUCCUUGAUUACCAGGACCCACUGGAUCCCGGUCGGUGUGUGAUGGUGAUCCGUUCUCUCGUUCCCGGCGGUUCAGCAGAUCGUCUCGGCGCUUUACUCCCCGGUGACCAGCUGGUGUCGGUCAACCAGACCCAGUUGGACCUGCUUACCCUGGGCGAGGCCGUGGAGGUCCUGAAAUCUGCCCCCCCUGGCACGGUCCGCCUGGGUAUCCGUAAGCCUCUGGUGAUGAUGGAGGGACUGGAGAGGAGCAGACUGGUGUCGCUCAGCAACACACAACUGCCUGUACCAAAGGGUUUUGGUGACGGCUCCGUCCUGCCAGAAGACCUCCGUCGAGAAGAAGAAGAAGGGGAAGAAGAGGAGCCGGAGCUUAUCCUGGACGGAGGUCUGCCUCGCUACGCCUCCUUCUCCCUGACCUCUGACCUCCUGCCUGUGGAGGAGGGCAGGGAGAUGGCCGUGGACGAGGACGAGGUUGAUGAAGAUGAAGAGAAGGAGGAGGAAGUGGAGACGCAGGAGAAAGUGGAGGAGAGCAUGGGCUCCCUACCCAGGAAGCCUCCUCCGUCGUGGGAGGAGUGGAAGCUUAACUCCUCCCUCCGGGCCAGAGGAACAGAGGAGACUUGGAGAGAGAAGCAGGAGGAGAUCAGCGAGAGAGAAGAGGAGGAAGACCUGCAGAGAUCAGACCAUGAAAGCAUCGUGUCUCUAGGAAACCUGAUUCUGGGUAUUCCAGACUUCAGAGACAGUGAAGCAGACUCUGAGCUCUCUCUGACAGACACCGACACAGAGUCCGUCAGGAAGAUUGACACUGGGAGAAGGAAGAGGCGGAGCCAGGGAGGAGCCUCUCUACCAAUCAGAGGAGGCCAAGGUGAUCUACCUGAAAGAGAGGAGGGGGAGGGAGAGGAAACUCCUGCCUUCAGUCACUGGGGACUCCCCCGCAGGGUGGAGGUGUGGCCUGAGGAGGGUCAGUCCUUGGGUCUGAGCAUCGUGGGAGGUCAUCUGGUGAUCAAGCGUCUGAGGAACGGAGAGGAACUGAAGGGAAUCUUCAUCAAACAGGUUUUACAGAACAGCCCUGCUGCCAAGACACAGCGUCUGAAGACCGGAGACAAGAUCCUGGAGGUGUCAGGUGUUGACCUACGAGUGGCCAGUCACGAGGACGCCGUCAAUGCCAUCAAAUCAGCGCCGAGCCCCGUCGUCUUCAUCGUCCAGAGCCUGUCAGCUACUCCACGGCCUGUGUCUCUCACAGCUCCCAGCUACAAAAAAACGAAAGCAACAAGGACUGAGUCUCCGACACCAGGUGCAGCCCCGCCCCCUCUGAGACAACCCCCGCCCUACAGACACCCCGACCAAUCAGAUCAGGAGCUGGACUCUGACCUGGAGCAGGCCAAAGAGCGUUGGUGUGAGCGUUAUGGAGACCUGCAGGGGGAGCUGCAGUGCGUGGAGCUGGAGAAAGAGCGGCAGGGUUUGGGUCUCAGCCUGGCAGGAAACAGGGAUCGUUCCCGCCUCAGCAUCUUCGUGGUGGGACUCCAUCCAGGGGGGCCGGCCGCUCGAGACGGACGCAUCCGGGUCGGAGACGAGCUGCUGGAGAUUAACAACCAGGUUCUUUAUGGGCGGAGUCACCAGAACGCCUCGGCCAUCAUUAAGUGCGCCGCCUCCAAGGUGAAACUCAUCCUGCUCAGAAAUGAGGAUGCUAUAAACCAGAUGGCCGUCCCCCCAUUCUCAACUCCCCCUCCUCCCCCUGUCGUCAGCCCAGUCGCCAGCCCUGUCAGCCCCGAGUCUGUCUGUCCAGCUCCUCUCGCUGUCUCCGCUCCCACAGACGGACCCAGCCCCCCCAACAGCCUGACGCUCCACCCGACAUCGGACACACCGGGGCCACUGGUGGAGGAAGUAUUCAGAUCUGUUACUUCAGUAAAGAACGAGAGGAGUGAUGAAGCCCAACAGAACAACAGGAACAGAAGCAGCAGCAGCGCCCCCAAGAGUCUGAGAGAGAGCGACACCUCCAACAAGAGUCUGAAAGUUGCAGAGUCUCCAGAAAUUGAGCUUCAGGCUCAAAAGGCGUUGCUGGAGCAGCAGUCCUGCAAGUCUUCCAGCAGCUCCUGUAAACAGACCACAGCAACGCCUCCUCUGAUCAGCCCCGACCAGCAGACCACCAGCAGGGACCCAUCAUGCUGUGCGGUGGUUCCUGGUCAGGAGAUGCUAUUGGAGAUCUGUAAAGGUCGUUCAGGACUCGGACUCAGUAUAGUGGGAGGAAGAGACACACAGCUGGACGCCAUAGUGAUCCAUGAGGUUUAUGAAGAAGGAGCUGCAGCCAGAGACGGACGACUGUGGGCAGGGGACCAGAUACUCGAGGUGAACGGGGUGGACCUCCGCAGGGCGUCCCACGAGGAGGCCAUCACCGCCCUUCGUCAGACGCCGGCGAAGGUUUGUCUGACUAUGCUGAGGGACGAGGCUCAGUACAGAGACGAGGAGAACCUGGACGCCUUUAAGGUGGAACUGCAGAAGAGGAGCGGCAGAGGGCUGGGACUCAGCAUCGUCGGGAAGAGGAGUGGGAGCGGUGUGUUUAUCUCUGAGGUGGUCAGAGGGGGCGCUGCUGAGCUGGACGGUCGUCUGAUGCAGGGAGAUCAGAUUUUGUCGGUCAACGGAGAUGACACAAGACACGCCUCCCAGGAAACUGUCGCUGCCAUACUGAAGUGUGCUCGGGGUCUGGUGCUGUUGGAGCUCGGACGACUCAAAGCUGCAUCCUGGAUCUCCUCCAGACGCAACUCACAAGGAAGCCAGAUGAGUCAUGUGAGUGGGAACAGCUCAGGUGUUAUGGCUCCGCCCCUCACGCACACCUCAACAUGGAGUGACACCGUACCCUCUGACCCCCCGGCGUUGACCUCCACCGGCCCCCUGCCCCUCAUCAACAACAUGAAGUCCACCAGUGACAUCACUUCCUCCUCUAACAGCACAGUGGUCGAUGCUGGCAUCCGUACAGUGGAGAUCACAAGGAGUGUCAGUGACUCCCUUGGGGUGAGCAUAGCGGGGGGGAAGGGCAGCCCGCUGGGUGACAUACCCAUCUUCAUCGCUAUGAUUCAGGCCAACGGUGUCGCUGCCAAAACGCACCGACUCAAGGUGGGCGACAGGAUCGUCAGUAUUAACAGUCAGUCUGUGGACGGCCUGUCACACAGCGAGGUCGUCACCAUGCUGAAGAACAGCUACGGAAACAUCAGCCUGAAGGUGGUAGCAGAUACCAACAUCAGCGCCAUCGCCACUCAGGUGGAGAGUCUGUCCAGCAGCUCCAAUCUGUCAGCCAACACAGACACACACACAGCCGAGCCAGAGAGUCCGCGGCCCCGCAGCAUCAGUCUGGAGAAAGGUUCUGAGGGACUCGGCUUCAGUAUCGUUGGAGGAUUCGGCAGUCCACAUGGAGACCUGCCCAUCUACGUCAAGACCGUCUUCAGCAAGGGCGCAGCAGCGGUGGACGGGCGUCUGAAGCGAGGUGACCAGAUCCUGUCGGUGAACGGGGAGAGUCUGCAGGGAGCGACGCACGAGCAGGCGGUCGCCAUCCUGAAGAAACAGAGAGGAACCGUCACACUGGACAUCCUGUCAUAACACACACACACACACAAACACGGACACACACUCAGACACACCUGCAUGCAUACAUAUAUGACUCUGUGACUUUACACACUUUGACUCUUGGACUACAAAUCAUCGUGGAUCAAGAACUCUCAACUUCCCAACAUGCAAAAACGAAUAAACAGCAUCAGGCGGUCCCCACACGCACACGCACACGCACACACACACACACACACACACACACACACACACUUCCUGUGUGGUAAAACACCAGUGUUUGCAGCAUGCACCACAUGUGUCUCACCACUUAAAUACCUGAAACAGAGUUUCUCAUCCUUGGGGUCAGGCCACAGAUGGGGUUACCUGAUACUUAGAUAUGGUCAUGGGGAACAUCUGAGAUAUAGAUAUCAGUUUAGGUGUAUAGACGAUGAUCUUGGCUGCUGAGCUUGUUGUGAUAUCUCAACAACUACUGGAUGUAUUUGCACAUUUGAACAUAAAUGUCUGAACUAAAUGUUAUUGCAAUAUUUUAGUCUGAACCACAACUGUCAACAUCAUGGUGAUAAGAAGGGAUCCCACAUCUGGGCCACAUGAAUGUCAAAUUCAUCCAACAGUUGUCAGAAUGUUCUAAAUCUGCUAGUGCAGCAAAAAAAGAUAAAUCUGACACUUAAAUGUGGCUUCAGGAGCGAGAAAAGGUUGAGAAACUCUGUUACUAGACUCACUCUCAAUUCAGAUAACAUCUAAAAACAAAUCUCUGUCAAUAUGGAGUCAUGAUGGAGUGACAUUUAAAUCCAGCCUGCACUAGUUAAUACAAUCAGGUAGAAAUAGACAACAGGGAGGUUUGUUUUCUUGUUUAUAAUCCAGAGGAACAAAAGGGAAGAGUUGGUGAAAAUGUGUGUUCUCUGACACUACUGCACACGUUAGCUUAGCAUCUCCUCUGUGGUUAAAGACUGCUCAGCUGUUAGCCACUGAGUAGCAGUUAUCAUAAAUAUGGAAACCACUGGAGAGGAGUGUGUAACACUACUGAUCGUUUCAACACUCGUCAACAUCUGUUUUUUAUUCUCCAUCAGAACAAACAACCUAUAAAAGAAACAGCUGUUAUACACAAGAAGCUAGUCAUCAAAAGGGACUUGUUGGCUGUAACUGUGUAUUUUCAAACAUGGUAAUGACAAUUGGGUAACAUUUAAAUUUAAAAUGGUUGCAAAUUUUUCAAUUUAGUAAAUGAUUUCCUUUAAGUAUUGGCAGUCCCACACUUCCAUAUGAUAAUGUACUAAUCAUCAUAAGCAAGAUACACACAUCCAUUACGAGGAUAAUUUCUGCGGUUUAUUGUUUUCAGUGUUUACUCUUCAAAGAAAGUCUAAGUACUUACUGGUGUUUACUUUGAACAUUAUAAAUGGAUUAAGCCAUAAAUAACACAAUCUGACCGACAAAAUCAGCAUAAGUCAAAACCUGUAAACUUUGAAAACAAUGAGCCGUACUUAUAACUCUUAAUCAUAACAGACAACACUAAAACGUUCCUUCAUGAAAGAGACAAUCUGGUUUUAAAAAGGUUUUGUUCACAAACACUUCCUGAAGUUCAUCACAUUUCUGUUAAAUCAGAGAAUUCAGUCCGUUAAAGUUAAAGUUUCCUGUUUAGUUCUUAAGUUCUUGUAAAAAAAAGUGCAUCAUUCGACAAAAACAUUUCAUUCCUCAUACACACACAUUCUUCUUCCAGUAAUUAAUCCAUAUUGACACACAAAAGAAAACAUUAUAUAAAUGUUAAAUGUGUCUCCAUGGAGAUGACUCAGGACUUGGUGGGCUUGGAGACCCCCUGUCGCCCCCGGCAACAGAUACAGUGUCUUCCACAUGAUCGUUGUCAUGGAGAGAAAAAUGAUAAAAAUGUGUCUCCAUGGAGAUUUAAAAUAAUAAAAGGCUUUCUAGAAGUAGGCGUGAAUAAAAGCAAACAGACCGACAUUUAGUAAAAGUAUUGUUCUCUGUCCUCUAGCGAAGACAGAAGUUUCAGAUCUCUGUUCAGCGUAGCUUAGCACAAAGACUGGAAGCGGGGGGGGGACUGUUAGCCUAGCUCUUUCAGAGAAAUCCACCUUUAAACACAAAAGAGCCUGUUUAGAUUUAGUGAUCAAACUCCUCUUAGUGAAUACGCCCGUUAGCGCAAAGCUAAGUUUGACUUUAUGAACAGCUGCUACCACCUUAUUCUUAGCUAGCGUUAGCGCUUUAGCCGCUGGCUGGUGUAAAUGACAAACUUUAAAUUGGCAAACAUUCAAAACUGCUGAGUUUCUCCCGUCUCUCAAUUUAUACUCUGAGUUGUAUUUAUUUAUAUUUUGUGUUACUUACAAAUGCUGAUAGAUAACAGAUAGAUUUGAGAAGGUUAGAUAACAUGCUGACAAACUUCAGCCUUAGUCUAGACGGAGAACAAGAGGAUUUAUGGAAAUGUCAGACUGUUGCUUUCAAUAUUAAAUCUACAAUGAGAUGGUCGUUGUGUGUUUGGAACUACUACUUCUAGUUUUGCUGACGUCUAGUCUGAUACCGCAGUACUCUGUUCGGAUAUUUAGAUGUGUAAUUGAAGUAUUUAGCAGCGGCGUCGGAAUGGAGGAACAGUUUGUUUGUCUCUGCAGGAUCUUGUACUUUACACAUAUCAAUCAAGUGCGAAAUACUUAAUGUUCAGCCUUGUUUGUUAUAAGUACUGUCUUAAUUGUUGGUACCUUGAUUUGUAGAUGUCAGAGUAGAUGAACUGUAAAUUAUUUUUUGAUCUUGCUGGUAAUUAACAAUGUAUUUUUUGUUGUUUUAAUUAUUAUGAGCACCGAUAUGUUUGUGCCAGUGUCUGAAUCUCUGUAUGAACAGUCAGAAACCUCAAUGAAAACCCUGCAGCUUUGGUUUGCCUUCACACAGGACUCGUUCAGAGUCGCUGCCAAAAACCAGCUGAGGUUGCACUUUAUUUUACGUAAUUUCUUGAUCAUUUCCUCCAAAGUUUUCCUCGAAAGAAGUAUGUCAUUUGGUACUAUUUAUAGAGAAAAUGGAGAGUUCUAUAAGUCCGAGCACAAUAAACAAAUAAUGAAUAGAUUGAGACUCUUUGAAAGAAAGUCCUGUGAAAAAGUACAACUGCUUCAUCUGCUAAAAUAAAAUAUUGACGACAUA